CUCGGCCAUCCGCUCUGCGGCGCAGGCCCUCCCCGUCACUCUGUGAGAAUUAUGAUCGGCCCGAGCAGAGAGUGGCGGAAGCGGUUUCAAGCACAGGAAGUCAAGCGGCGUUGGGCGCUGUCUCCCCCUGCUGUUCGUCAGCGGUGUGUGCGGCAGACGUGGUGUCAGCGGUGGGAUGUCCCGGCAUGCCGUGCUGUCGGCGGGGAGCGCGGCCUGGCGGUCUCUGCCUUGCCCGCGCUCGGAGCUGCGCCUGGAUCUCACCCUCGGCUGUGGACAGAGCUUCCGCUGGCGGGAGACAAGCGAAGGGCACUGGACAGGCGUGCUGGGGGGACAGGUGUGGACGCAGCGAUGCAGCGAUGUGGAGUCCACUCUGCGUGAGCUGGGGUUCGGUUACCGAGCGCGUUUUGUGCAGCAGAGCGCCAAGCACAUCCUGGACACGGGGGGUCCUGAUUGGCUGGAGUCUCUGCGGGACGUCCCGUACCUGGAGGCACAGUCUGCGCUCCGCACUCUGCCGGGCGUGGGGCUGAAGGUGGCUGACUGCGUGUGCCUGAUGUCCCUGGACAAGCCGGGCGCUGUGCCCAUCGACACCCACGUCUGGCAGAUUGCGCGCCGUGACUACCUGCCCGACCUGGGCAGCGGGCACAGGAGCCUGACGGACAGAGUGUACCGCGACAUCGGUGAGGCCGGGGCCGCAACCACAGGGUCGGGACCGGGUGCUUCAUCAGUGCUGUUCUGUGCUGAUCUGAAGAAAUUCCAGAGACUGAAACCAGAGGAGCAGCUGAAAGCAGAGGAAGAGAGCGCGAGAGAGGCAGAGGAGGAGGCGAGGGGGAAAGGCGCUGAGCUCGGGGAGGGAGGAGGAGAGAUCGCGGUGAAGAGGAAGAGAGAGAGAACGUGAGAGUGGAAAGAGAGGGGGAGUGUGUGUGUGAGAGUGUGCUCCACGGAAAAAUGUCCCAAAAGCUGUACAGCCGAGUCUUACCUGUUUACCUGCAUUGUGCUUUUAAACUGUGUGGGGGAUAAUUUUUCAUUUUAAAAAUAAAAUGUUUUGUUUGUUAGGA